CUAAGCCUCGGAGCCAAGUUAGAAUUUAAAUAUAGCGAAAUGGGCCUAUUGUCUUCUCCUUCAUACUUCUUGAUGUAAUUGUAAUUGUCAUGCAUUUUCAUGACGCAUUUUCCAUAUGGAUCUGUUCCAAUCAUGUGUUUUAGUAUUAAAAUUGCAAUUCAACUCCGCGGUGAGAUCCCGCUUCAGCAUUUUAUUACACCCCACCCAUCCUACCCAUGAAUACAUACAAACAGGCUAGAACAUAACGCUGUUCUUUUUGGAAAAGUGAUUAAAAUGUGUCAGAGUCUCUGCUGAGUUGGUGGUCGAUUAAGGGGUCAACAAUUCCUUGUGCUGACUCCGUAAUCUUAAAAGGUAUUUUUCCGGCGUUUGUUGCGAAUUUCAAUGCACUAAACAGUCAUUCACCCGACUGUAUCCUUUCCCCAAAGCAAUUCUUUUCAAGCUCAUGGACACUUUUCUACAAAUAAACCAAACGUCGAUGUUCCUCACAUUUGUCAUCUUCAAAACAUUGUUCAGAAAAUUAUGCCAGUCUUUUGCUUCAGUGAACGUUGGUAAAAUACCAACCAAAUACUCAUUUCAUUACUAUGUUCUUAUUAUGGCCUGACUGGCAGAAGUAAGCAAUUUUUAUUCUUCUUGGGGCUUAGGUCUUAUAUUCGGUCUUGUCAAAUUCUCUCUUUUUUCGCUGUCAGCAGUUGCUGGGAAAGACUGUUUUUCUUUAUCUACAUCAUUUGCAUUCUGUGCUAAAACUGCCAGAAAGCAGUCUAGCGUAUCCGAGUUUUUCCAAUUUUUUUUUGUUCAUUCAGACAUCUUUGAUCGAGGGAGUCUAUCCGUACAUUUGAACUCUAAUUACACAGAAUAACGUUAUUUGUUCCUUCCAGUAAUUUUGUCACCUUUAAAUUGUUCUUGUUCAAUAACUGCUGUUGUUGGCGUCGAUUUUCAAUGCUGAUACCAUUCACAAAGACGUCUAAACGGCUUUUCAUCUAUUGUUAGUAAUCGUGGCUUAUUAUGUUCGUAUAAUAGCUUAGAUUCUGAGCAAACAAUGGUUAUUGACUCUCGAAGUAAAUUUGCAUUGAUAAAAUCUUUGGCAUCACAGGAAAACAUAAGUAAGUCUUUUGUGUGUUGCGUCGAGAACAAACCGGCAACGAAAUUACAGCAAAUUGACGAUCGUGUAAGCUGGCUGGGCUGAAUGCAAGAUUUGCUUUGUAAUGAAAAUCAAGUCAUUUGCGGUUGUUGUAUUUUUGGAGGCCGCUGCCGCAGUAACCUGUCAGCAUAUCCACUCAAGGUACAUUAAAUAACAUACUCGUCUAACGAGUAAACACAGAGCUUAAACUGGCCUGAGUGGCUGCAAGGGACUCUUCGAUUGUGUUCAGUUGCAAAGGUUAAUAAUUAAUAAAAAGACUUUUAGCUCGUGGUUCUAUUGGUUGAUAAUUGGCUUGGGGUGAAGCUGCCCGGAACCAACUGUCAAAGUCGAUCGUCAGCAAGAUAGAAUAGCCUAAAUGUUUAAGCAUAACCGAGUCGCUGUUAAAUUAAAUAUAUUUUAUCUAUCAACCUGAUAUGCUGGCGGAUCUGUUUGAUGUAAAAUAUCAGUAAAAAGAAACGAAAAACCGCGCGGCCUCCGAAGGCCUUUUGUCGAUUGAUAUUAGUUUUCUGUUUAGCCAAUCACAUUGCAGGUUUGCCAAUAGCCAGCCACUACGUUAUGCGUGAAUAAAUCCAUGAUCAAAAGCUAGUUUCCUCUUAGAAUAUCAACACGCUGCAGAGUACAACUAAGUAAGCACUACUCUACCUCUAUUGCCACACUAGUGGGUUUUCAUUUUUGUGCAACAUCGUCACAUAUGGUUUGUUUUCUUUCAACAGAAACAGAUACAGAUUUUUCGGCAGCAAAUCCAACGUCGCGAAUACCAUAUUAGUCGGAUAAUCGAGACGAAAUAUCCCGAAUUUUCUCUUCCCGAAGACAAGCUAAAGGUUCUCGUAACGAAGUGGGAAAUAGUCAAACAGAAGGUGACCGUGUUGGAAGAGAAGAUCUGGGAAGUAGGGCGUCACGUGAGAAAGGAUGGCAAGCUUGGUAACCUGUUGUUAUGGUUACACGAAGCCGAGGCCCUUCUCAACUAUUACGAGACGGACGAGAGCUGGGUCUGUGAAGUUCCCGCCAAAUUUCUCUUGAGACAACACGAGACUUUCUUCAAGGACUUGGACGAGCACUGUAAAGGUCUGGACGCUAUUCUUCAAUCUGGUGCAGACGAAGAUGUCCUGGUGGACGCGUCGUUGCUAAAAGAAGUUGACAGUCGCAUCAAAGCAGUCCAAGAGAAGUCCGCUGACAGGCUGUUGAGGCUCGCUUAUGAGAACUCUAGGUCAAAAAUUUUAGGGUUGUUAGACGCUGGACGAAAGCAAUUGAAUAUUCAGCCAGUCAAGUACGCAUCGCAGGCUCAUGUAGAGAAAGCUCUCAAGGAAUACACGAUGUUUUUUGUCGACAAGGAGUUCCUGAAGAAAUGCAAAAAGUACCGGCGAAGUCUCCACGAAGCUUCUGAAGCUUACAUGAACAUUCUUCCGGAAUCUCGCACGACGGAAGUCAAAAGCCUUGUAUGGAACGUGGAUCAGCAGGUGGAUAAGAUGGUCGAUGAGGCCACUGCAAAAUACAGAUACCUCGAUGAUGUCAACAAGAAGUGGAAAACAUUUGAUACGCUGAUAGAAUCCGUGACAAAAUGGAUGGAAGAUGCAGAGGCGCUAAUCACGAAUGGAACCCUCAAGGCUUGUAAGGAUUACCUGAAAGAUUUAGAGAGAAUCCAAUCAGACGCCUCCACAGCUCAAGACUGCAGUAAAACAAUAAUAGCACACUGCCAAGACCGAGUGAAAAUCGACAUGAAUCAGCUUCUACGAGACAUGGAUCGGCGUCUGAACCGCAUCAUCCGGCGCAACUCGCGGAUCAUGAAAUGCGACAAGCGCAACUCCAAACUGGAGAAAUUCGAGGGCACAGUGGACGGUGUUAUGGACUGGAUUCACGACGCUGAACUUUUCGUUUCGUCUGCUGUGGAGGGGACGUACGAAGCUGUGAAAGAACGCACCGACAGGCUUGAGGUGACACAAAGGGAGAUCGAAGAAUGCGAAUCUAACGUAAACUCGUUAAACAGACUCACCAAAGCCAUUCUCAAAGAUUUCAAAACGGACAUGGCCUCCUCCAUAAAUGCGACGCUAUCAAACAUUAAUCGGAGAUUUGAGAAGAUCAAAGCCUCGGUUCCUCACAGGUAUCUGACACUAAAGCAGAUCUUACCUCAGCUAGAACAGUUUGAAUCUGGCUUUGAAGACGAACUCAAGUGGUUGGAGGAAGCUCUGGUGGCGUUGGAAGCUUACAAGAAUGUGAACACUUUAGAAGAAGUUGAACGAGAGCUUGGAAGAUAUACGAAACUUUUUGAGGACAUGGACCAACAUGGAAACUUUGUGGAAUCCAGAAAUCAACUGUACCUCCAACUACGUAACUCACUGGCGGAGAAUGUGGAGUUCUCAAAGCCGCAGGAAAAAAUUCUUUCUCUCAACUCCAAAUGGAAAAUCGUCCAAGCAGGGGUAGAAACACACUCUCGCAAUCUGGAAGACUGUUACAAAUUGCUGCAGCAUUUUGAGCAAAACGCCAAGAAAAUGCGCUCGUGGACUCUGGAAUCAGAUUUGACUCAUGCCUCAGAUGACGAGCUGGACGGCAUACAAGCCACCUGCAACGACCUUCUUCAAACACACGAACAACUGCGAGCUAUCGUACCCAACGAACAAGUCAAAAGGCGCCUCGAGGGUGAAGCGACCUUCAUAGCACAGGAAUGGAGCGAAGUGUACAACAGAGAAAAGGCGCGCCUAAUCAGGGGUCACUUUGAAGAUUUACGAUCCUCAUUGGAAAGGAACAUCGAGGCCCUUGAUAAGGAAUGGGCUGAGGUUAAUGAGCAAUUUAGUGGCCAGGGUUACAGUGCGGAUCUUCAUGAGCGAUACCAGGCGGUCCUGGCAUCUUCUGAUGCUUUCCGUAGUGUCGAAGACGACUUCUGCAACCUCCAAGAAACCAAGACCAAGUUGACAUCUCCACAAGAAGAAGAGCAGUUUGAAACUGUAAUGCAACAGCUACGAUCGAGAUGGGAAGAGGUCAAGCGCAAGAUUGAAGAGUUACAUCCCAGAGUCCAGGUUAUGGCUGAAAACUUCUCGGAAUACAAGGAAAAGCUGCAGUCAUUGGUUCACUGGGUGGAGGAGGCAGAACAAACAUGCGAUGCCUUGGAGCGCGUACAAGAUUAUAACGAAUUUCAGCCUUUAAUGCAGACAUUUCAGGUACUAGCUUCCAAAAUGGAUGAUCAACUUCAGUCCCUCCAAAGGCUAAACGAGUUGUCAGAAAAACUGCUGAGCUCAUCGAACAACCAGGAAUUCGCACAAGAAGUCCACGCCGUGACGGAACGAGUACAAGCUGCGUUACCCAUAGUGCGUGAGAGGAGUAACAGACUCUCUAUCAUGCGUCAGUGUUUUGAACAUCAGCAGUGUACUCAGAAACACGACACGUUUCUUGAGGAAGUGAAGAGUCGUCUCGAAGUGGAGUUUUGUUUAGAUGGCGUGGUGGAUGUGGAAAACGAGCUGGAGGUUAUUAAGGACAUUUUACAAUCUCUAGACUCGCAUCAAACGCAGAUCGAACAAGCCAUCUCCCAAGGGAAAGAUCUCCUACAAAAGGAAUGUGCGUCAGAUUUUGUGCAAACGAAUGUGACAAGGCUCGAAACUCUGUCGAAUGAAGUGUCACAGGAGUGUAAACAGCGACAAGAGGAGCUCGCGACCGCACUGGACAACUGGAACCGAUACAACGAGGCAUUGGAGGGAUUUAAGGAAGUUCUGGCCAAAGGAGAGGUCGAGGUGACUCGAAGAAAGACCUUGAAUGUGACUGGGAUUGAGAGUGUUGAUGAACAGAAGCAGGAGAUACAGGACUUCCAACAAGAUCUCCAAAUUCAAUUAGCGGAGUACAACUUCAUCUUUUCUCUCGGAACUACGAUCAAAAUGAAAGCGAGCGAGGACUGCAAAGCCAGAAUCGAGGACCAACUAAACAGCAUUUCAUCGCUGAAGAAGUCGCUCCUCGACGAGAUUGAUUCUCAUCUUCAAAGCCUUAACAGCAAGUCAAAACAGUGGGAAGGGUUUCAGGAACAGAUGGAUAAGUUUGUGGAGUACAUGGAUAAAGUGGAUUCUCGUUUGGAAAGGAGUCGGAGGGAAAGUCGAGUGUCACAGGAAUGGCUGGCUCAGGUCAAGGGAGUAUCAAAUGAAUUGUUCCAGCGCCGGCAAAGCUUCACCGUGUUCACAGAGGAGGCGCAGAAACUUUCCGAAGGGGUCAUGGAUGCGGGCACCAUGCAGUUCAAGGCCAAGCUGUGCAAAUUGAGAGAAAGAUGGAAUGAACUGUUCGAGAAAGCAAGAUUGUCUGAAAGUAGCGCAGAGCAGGGCCUUAAACCACUCAACGAGUAUCAGGAAGUGUUUGUAGAAUUCACGUCACGAUUUGAAGAACUAGCAGUGAAGCUAUCCACACAAGUGCCGUGUUUUGGGAGUUCUGAAGAAGUGGCUGCUCUCAUCGAAGAAGAUAAGAUCCUGCUUGCAGACUUGCGCGAAUUGAGAGGUGUUCUCGACAACUUGAUCUGGAAAGGCUCCGAGCUCUCGGCAAGCAUGCGACUCAAAGACCUCGAUAUCAAAGACACGCUGAAGCAAUUGGAGGAGAAAUGGAACCAAGCUGUACAAGAUGCCGAGAAGAAACUGUUAGACUUGGAUGACCUGAGGAUGGACUGGGCCGAGAAAGAAGAGAUGCUGGUGAACAUGGAAUCAUGGGUAGUUCAAGCUGAGGAUCAGUUGGAAAACGAAAGAGGAUUGUCGAGUAGAGACGAGGAGAGCUUAAGGGAGGCGCUGGCUUAUUAUGAAGGCGUAAAGAAAGACAUGCAAAGCUGCGAAGUGGAUUUCAAAUCAGCGGUCGAAAACUACCAAGAGUUGUCCAACACAGGCAAGUACAUGUUAUACAUCCAAGAUAGGCUGGUGGACGAGAAGUGUGACUCCCUGAGAAAGAAAUGGGAAGCCCUGGCGAGCGGCAUCCCGGAAAGAGUGGAAACUCUGAAGGGGGAGCUGCACAGCUGGAAAAGCUUCCACGAGAAGUUGGACGCGUUUAUAGCUUGGGUCGAUGAGAUGGAAGCGUUUACUAAGGUAGAGAAACCACGUGACGAGACGGAGGCCGCGCAACAGCUGAAAGGACUGGAGGAGUUUCAGUCCAACUUCAGAGGCCGCCAAGACUCGUUCGAAUCCCUCGUGAAAGAAGGCCGGGAAGUGCGACUCCAGGCGAGCAAAGGCGAAGAAGCCGAGCGACUCGGCGAGAAGCUCACGAAGUUAACCGAUCGUUGGGACGAAAUGCUCCGAUGGGCUGCCGGAAGGUACCAAUUGUUGGUUUUAUCACGCCAUUACCUGGACUCCUCCAAACAGGUGGUACAGUACCUGGAAAAGAUUGAAGAGAAGCUGAGUAGUGCUAAGGAUAUACCACCGACAGUGUUGGAGAAAAUCAAAGAGGAAUCCAGAAAGGCUAAGGCUAAGGUGGAUUACUGGAAGCAGCAGUGUCUUGAUCUCGACGUGGUGGUGAAGGAAGGACAUCUGAUGCUGCAGCAGGAAUCCUCCGGGCAGGCCGUGGCGUUCGACGAGAAACUCGGUAACCUGAACAUGGAAUGGCACACGGUGAUACAGGAUGUGGAGGAGAAGAAAAAGAGCAUCGAGAAAACUGCCAAGAAGUGGUGGGAUUUCACCAGGAACAAGCUCAAGAUGAUUCGGUGGCUAAAGAAGAAAGAAGGAGACGCCGAACUGCAGAACGCGACAAGCUGUCGCCUCGACAGUGCACAGGAUCAACUUACUGCAUAUCAGGGCAUUCUUGAUCGACUGAACGCCCACAAGCGUGACCUAGAAGCACUGAAUAGAGCCGCGCAGGACAUGAUGGAGGUCGACGAGGCCGGCUGUGCUAUGAAGGAAAUCCAAGAGUUAAUCGAACGCUUUGAAGCACUACAAAAGAACAUCACGGAGAAGAGAGAGUUCUUCCAGAGAGUCACGGGCAAAUGGUUCAAGUUUGCUGAGCAGAAACACAAAAUGAACGCCUUCUUUAAGAAUACCCACGGGAUUGUUACCAAGCGACAAGUCAAGAAUGCUGAUGACUGCAAAAAGCAGAUCGAAGAGUGCAAGGCUGUUGGUCAAGAUCUGUUGGACAAUGAAGCAGUCUUGGAAGCAGUUAAUCAGGAAGCACUUGACUUGCUGCAGGAACUAAGACAAGGGGAAGGACUCGUGGAUAUGCUGGGAUUCGAGGAGCAGCUGCGUUUGGUCAACGAGACGUGGAAUGAAGCUAAAUUUCAGGUUGGAGUGAAGCAGCAAGCGCUUGAGCAAGUGGCCAAUGAGUUUGAAGUUCUGGAGAAAGACAAGGACGAAAUCCAGCAGUGGAUCUCUGAUGUCAAGAAGGAGUUAAACACAACCGCUGACCAAGAGGAUCAGAAUCCGGAAGUUGUCGUGCGACGGAAGAAGUUAAAGGAUGAAGUGGCUUCACGCGAGGAUCAACUGAAGAGACUGAGUCUUCAGGCGUUGAAGCUUGUCGAAGAUUUCUCAGAUAGUGUCGAUGUUGAUGUGAGCGAAUCUUUCCAACCCUUCUUUCAAGAAUGGGGCAGCGUUCAAGAACUUGCCGGAAUCCCAUUAGAUGGAAAACAGAAGGAGACACUAGGAAGGCUCAAACGUCCAGCUUCUGUCCCGCCACAGUUAAGCAUUCAAGACGAUAGCGAGGAGGAGUUCCUUACGGAGUUUCCCGAAGCUGGUCCUUUGCGUCGCUUCGCGUUUCGGAGUUACUCAUUCGGAAGCGAGAACUCUUUGGACGUGCGCGCUCGGAGGAGCUCGUAUGAAUGCUCGAUGGACACGCUAUGGAGCUCGAGUAGCACGUUUUCAAUCAACAUUGACAACAGAGACGACGAGGACGAUGAAACCGCGGGUAUAUAUAUCGAUAACGCUCUAGGAAACAACGAGGUUUUUGUAGGAGGCAGCGAGCCGAACCUUCUAGAUAGCCGCACCAGAGAGAACACUUUAUCUUCCCAAGACUACCCCAAAGAGGUAGCUGCUAAGAUAGGGGGCUCUUCACUCGAGGUGGAAAAGUGUUCUAAGGAGAGCUUGGAGACAGUGACAGGCGAAGACACACAAAGACCUGAUAGGACAGAAGAGGAGAUUAAGACCCUGCUGGAUGACGUCAUACAAAGGAUUGCAGACACUUGCAAGAGACUCUCUGUGUGUGCUUACACACCGGAUGAUUCGGUGGAAGAAGUGGAGCGAAAACUCCGGGAGAGCAAGACUUUGGAGGACAAACUACAAUCUCAGAGAUCCGAGCUAGACGACUUAAAGGAAGAUAUGCUCAAGAAGAAUUUAGACGUAGCUUCGGUUGAGAAAACCUUGGAAGAGGCUGGAGUAAAACUCGAGGAGGUCAAUCCACAAGCACAAGAUAUGGACAUUGAAAUUGAAUUUGUGGUUGAACAGUUUAGCGGGUACAUUAUUGCCGUGCAGGAGUGGGGUGCGUGGUUUGGUCCUGCUUUGGCCACCUUGGAGAGAUGCAGGGAACCAUACAAGAACAGGAGCAGUCUCGAAGAGAUGAACAACGAGCUGCAGAUGCUUCUUGACGAAAUGGACAAAAACGAUCAGCUGAUAGGCGAAGUUUAUAGCAAGGGUGACAUUCUGCUCCAGGUCAUCUCGGGCCAGAGUAAGGCUAGCGUGGAAAGCGAGUUGAACCAGUUAGAGGAGGACUGGGCCGAAUUCUGUCAGGAGACGCCCUCGAUCAAAGGCGUGAUUGAGGAAACCAUUCAAAUGUGGAAUGAAUUCGAAGAAAACAGAGACAAACUGGCCGAGUGGCUGGGGGACCUGGAGCGAGCUCACAGCGAGGCAUUCUCUGGACCAGCUAACCUUGAGGCCCUUAGGGAUAAGUUGGAGGCGAAAAAGACUUUAAGCAAGGAUAUGAGCAUCCAAGAACUCGUCCUGGAUUUCGUGAACGUCAAAGGCCAAGAACUUAGCAGUAAAGUUGAAGAGAAUCAAUCCAUAGAAGCAGAUCUAGAGCAAAUCAAUGACAUGUGGAACAGCGUGCAAGAGUUGGUGAGCGAGAGAACCAAAGACCUGAGACGCAUGGUAGCUGAACUGAGUGACUUCGAAGAGGACCUUGGCCGACUUGGGGACGUUCUGAACUACACGGAAGUGUGCCUUCAUGAAAGCGAAAACACAAAGGUUCCAGGAUAUAAUGGACUCCAGAAUCAACUUGCUAAACUGAAGGCCGUCGCAAACAGCUUUGAAGGCCACAUGGCUCAGCUAUCGGAUGUACACGAACGAGGCUCACGGCUUCGUGAGCGUUGCAACAGCGAAGGGCGAGUGACGAUCGACGGGAAACUACAGACUCUCCAACGACGCUGGUCCGAUGUCAAGGAAAAGAUCUCUAGCAAAGUGCAGGUUGUAGAGGGCGAGAUUGGCGAGUGGUCAGACUUCACGAAGGAGCUUGAUCAACGGUUAACAGAGUUACGCAACGCUGAUAUCAGUUUGGGAGCAGCGAUUAUCAGCACAGCAGAGCUGAAAGUGUUGGAGGAACAGCUAGCUAAAGUCAAGACGCUUUGUGACGACCUAGAGCAAACCCAGCCUCAACUGGGAGAGCUCUUGACCAAUGGCCGCCUGCUGUUAGAUAAGGUGCCGGAUGAGGACCGGGCGUUCCUGGAAAGCCAAUUAAACGCGCUGGAAGAGCUGCAGGCGAACGUGAUCCGUAAGUCACUGGCGAAGCAGGAGGAGCUGAUUCGAUACAUCGUUCAGCAACAAGAUUUUCAAACGCAGGUUCAGAGCUGUAUGCACGUUUUGCAAGAGGUGGAAACGUCUUUGGGCGAGUGGGAGCUGGGCGUGGCGUCGGGACUGAGUGAAAUGAAAGAAAAACUGUCGCUUUGUGAGCCUUUGCUCGCAGAGUUGCAGACGCAAAAGGAAUUUGUCAACAAUCUCAGUGACAAGGGAAAGAAAAUUGUGCAAGACAAUCCCCGAAAGAAACGAGAAACACUGGAAAAACUGAGAACUGUUGGUGACAAAUGGAAGAGGGUUCACAGAAUGGCAACAGAGAAGAAGGACUACCUCAUGAAAUGCAUUUCAGAGGUUGAGACGUUUGAGGUGAAGUACAACGAAUGCAUGGAAGCUCUUGAGACAUUUUCAAGCGAGACAACGGAAAUGGUUGAUACUGAUAAAGAUAUAUCGCAUGUCGAAACCUCGGUGGAGGAAGUGCUUCGUGUUGGUCAUCGAAUCUCGUCGCUUCUUCCAGAAAAUGAGCGCGAGAUCUUAGAGGCGCGUCUCGAGAAGCUGCGUGUAACGUGGAAGGAAAUGCGAGAUGUUCGCGAUGAAUCCGCACGUGUCCAAGAACGCGAAGUUCUCAUGGCCGAAGAAGCAAAAGCUUUGGAUUCGACGAAUCAAGCCUUUGCUCUCGAAGUAGCAGACUUUAGCACGUGGUUAGAUGAGGCGGAGAAUACUUUGCAGAUAGACAUGUUUUCCGUUCCAGAAGAAGAACAGAUGGACGUUAUUCGGAAACAAGAGAAGCUCUAUAACGAAAUCCAACAGCAGAGCCUGGUGGUAAGCGACAUCAUGGCAAAGGGUAGAAAGGUGUCCUCCCGGAUGAACGAGAAGGAACGAACGGUCGUCAAAGAGCAGCUGGAGAAAUUGUCUGCGCGUUGGAACAAAGUUCGCACGCUCUCCGAGCUGCAGGGCGACGAGAUUGAACGCUGUAUCGGCGAGCAGUCGGAGUAUUACGAGGAGCUUGAAGAAUGCGUUGUAUGGAUGCAGGAAGCAAGCGCCGCUAUGGCAGCAGAUGGAGCUGAUGCCAGCGAUGUUGCUGGUGUUGAAGCUGACUUGCAGAAACACGGGGAGCUUUGUCAAGAGAUAAAAGAAAAAGAGGACAUGGUGAAGUCUGUGAUGGAGAAAGGCACGAAACUUUGUGACAAACUGCCACCCGAAGAAAGGGCGGCUGUGAUGGAACAACUCGCUCGUGUUAAAGAUGAAUGGACCAGUCUGCAACAGGAAUCUGAGGAAAAGGAUAAGGAGUUGAGGAGAUGUCUCGGAGAAACCGUCGAAGAUAGCAGUGGGUCGUUAAUUGAAGACUUGAAAGGCUGUGUGAAAGAAAUUGAUCAAUGGACAGAGUGGAUGAAGGCAUUGUUAGCUAGGGCUGAAACUACGGAGGAGAGAAUUGCGGUGCUCUCAGAGGUGGAAACUCGUUAUCAAGAACUGGAGUCUGUUAUUGUCAAAGGAGAAGAAAUCUUAGGUAAGGUAACGGAGGCACCAGAGAAAGCUCUUUUAGAAUCCAAAUUACUCGAGCUGAAACAGGAUUGGCAGGCACUUAAGAUGAAAGCCAGAUCUAAAAGACGUCGCGAUGGUAGUCAAGGAAGUGGAGUCGAGAGUAAACAGGUCGUGUUCGUAGGGGCGUUAACUGGGCUUAAGACCUGGCUCACGGAUGCAAGAGACAGAGCGAUCGGGACGAACUCGGCGCAAAGUGUAGAUGACUUGCAAGAAGCUUCGAAAGUUUGUGGUGAAGUGAGAAGUGAAUUGUUAGAUAACAAAGCCCGGUUUGAAGAUUUGAUGCUGAAAGGAAAAGAGCUGGCUGACGAAUGGGAAAACGAAAGUGUUGAAAAUAAGGAAGUUGUUGAAGGUCAGCUAGAAGCAUUAAGAACUGAGUGGGAAAGACUUGAUGAAGACUUAGACAAGCGGGAAGAUUUACUGCAGGUUUCCACGGAACAGGUUCAGAAGUUAGAGUCCGAUUUUGAAAAAGCACAAUCAGCUUUGGCGGAUGCUGAGUCAAAGCUGAACGAUAUUACUAGUGUUGAAAACUUUGACACCGUGGAUUCAGAGCUGCAGAGCCUGCAAGGAAUUCUCUGUGAUGUAGAAAUGUGCGAAGCUGGAAUUGCUUCAAUGGAGACAGACGGUCAGUCAAUCCACCCAAGCUGUCAAGCGAUUCAAGAAGCGUUUACCACUCGCGUUUGCGAGUUGACGGAAAAACUGUUGCAUGUCAAGGGGAAUGUCUCUAGUCAGAUUCAACGAGAGGACGAAACACUGAAGCAGCGAGACAAGUUAGCAACGGAACUAUUAGAAUGCAAAGAGCUGAUCAACAAAGUGGAAAGUUCUGCAAGGGAAGAGCUUAAAAUGGAGAAUAUACUGCUUUUAGAGGAGGGUGUGGUGCUCACAAAAGAAGCUGUAACAUCGGCGGAGAACGCUCUGGCUUCUUUACACGUUAAAACUGAAGAAUUGCUCAGCAAAUUAAAACCAUCUCAACAGGCGGCUUUGCAAGUAGAAGUGAACGAUUUAAAGUCGCAGUGGGAUUACAUCGGAGGAAAUGCCAGUGAUAGGGUUGGAAGUCUGGAAAAACGUCUAGCAACUGUUAAAGAGUUUGGCCAAGAAUUGGAAUCUUGUAAAGAGUGGAUUGAGAACUCUAAGGAUGAAAUUAAACGCGCAGAGCUCGUUGCGGGAGAUAUUCUUUCAAUGGAAGAUCAAGUUGCACGGCUGAAGGCUGUUAAUACCGGGUGUGCAUCUCCGGAGAAUGUGGCGGAGGUGCUGUUAAGGAAAAGCGAAGCGUUUUUCAAAGAUGUCAGCUAUUCGGAACGGCAAAUGUUUGAAUCCCAACUGGCCGAGUUAAAGAAUUCUGUUGAAGAAGUGCAAGAGCGAUCAAAAGUGGAAUUGGAUAAACUCGAAGGAAAGCUUCGCGAGAACCGUGUGUUUCAAGAAACGUAUCAGGAUUUGAAGUCUUGGAUUGAGAACGAGGGGAAGUUGGCAGAAUCGUGCUCUGGACAGGGCGACGGCUUUUCGGUAGAGACGCGGGUGGAAGAACUCGAAUUGACGCAACAAAAGCUUGAGUCAAAAGAGAACGAACUAAAACUUUUGCUAGAGAACGCUGCCCGAUUAACGAACAAUACGGAUGAGAAGGAAACUAUUGAGUCUCAACUGUCAUGUUUACAGAAUUCUUAUGCGGAGUUUAAAAGCAAAGUUGCGGACGAGUUGAUAUUAUUGCAGAGUGAAAGUGAUAACGUCAAAGAGUUCAAAGCUGAGUUGCAGCAAUGCAAAGACAUUGUUCAAGGAAUUGAGAGCAUUGUGUCUUCUGACCCGCCUUGUUUCUCUGAUAUCGAAGAAAUGGAAGUUUAUGCCGAGGAGCUUAAGAAAGAAUUCGAAGACGCUUUAGCCCAAAGGUCCGUUAUUUUCCAGCUUGGAGAGAAGAAGGAUCAAGUGGCAAUGGUGGUGGACGCAACUGAGGAUUACGCUCAGGUUGUUGAUAAAUGGAAAACAUCGCUUGCUCGCUUUUCGGAGAAGAUAGCUGAAACAGAGCGCAGAAUUGCCUUGGAGAAAGAGCUCAACGAAAGCCUUGAAGAAGUUUCUAGCUGGAUGGACAACGUCGAGAAAGAAAUCUCACUCGUCUCCGAGCAUGCCCAAGAGGUGGAAGAAGUAGUUGGGCAAGUCGAAAAGCUGAAAACUUUGAACAACGAAUGCGCCUCGUACGAACAGUUUGUCGAAACACUACGGAAUAAAGUGGAAGAUUCUCCUCUUGAGUCAGAGGACUUUAAAGUAGGACAAGAAGAUCGACUCAGCUCGUUAGAAGCCAGGGUUGAAAAAAUGCACAAACUUUUGGCGGCAAAGCUUGGCGACGUAGAAGACUGCGUCAGCGACGUCAGUGAAGUCACAGAACAAAUAUCUUCAUGUAAAGAAUGGCUCUUGCAGAAAAAGGAAAUGAUCGUGGGCGGGAAGGAGGAUUUUGGGCUUCGGAACGUCCCGCAGCUGGAGGAAAAGCUUGUCGAGUACCAAAAGCUUAACAGCGAGGCAUAUACUGUGCUUCACGAUAUUAUGCAAGCUAAAGAAAAGGUCGGUCAAGGGGUUGGGAAAGUUUCUAGUUCAAUAGAAGAAUCGCUCUCAAAGGAACUGAACAGUUUGUGUGACACUCUGUUGGGAUUACAUGAAGAAUCGGCUGCUAAGUGUGUGCAGGUGGAGCAAUGUCUCGGUGAAGUGAAAGAAUUUCAAGAUGAAGCUUUACGUUAUGAGACAUGGCUGCAGGAAGCUAAUAACGUCAUGCAGAGAUGUGCAGAGAAGCCUGUGGGUUUAGACGCUCUGGCGGAACAUUUGGGCGAGUUGAGAGAUCUGCAAACCGAGAUCAAUGAAAAACAACAGGAAUUCCGUAGCUUUCUUGAGAAGAAUAAAGAUCUUGUCGUGCAGAGCGGAAUUCAAGACAAGCUAACAAAAGCAAGCGACGAUUUCGACGACCUUAACAAGGAACUCCCGCAGGCCUUGAGCAAAACAGAAGCGACGAUCGACAAAUACAACGAAUGCAGUAGACAGCUUGAGGAGUCGCUAGAAUGGUUAACCAAAGCCGCUGUAAUUGUGGAUUCAGAAGCGACGUUUUCCUUGGACGAUUCCAGCGCUGAAGAGCAACUUGCUAAGUUGAAGGAGUUGCUGCCAGAAUUGGAGACGUUCGCAGCUAAGAUGGCGCGCAUCGAAGAAAACGGUGAAGCUGCGAAUGUCCUUGGAGAAAGCGGUAUGGGUGAGCUACAAAGUAAACUUGAUUCCGUCAGAAGGAAAUGGGAGGCACUCAAAGAGGACGCGGCUAAGAAAGAGCAACGUUUGAAGGCAUUUGUUCAAGCGAAAGAGAGCUACACCGCGUGUGCAGACAACUGCAAACGGGCUUUGGAUGAUUUGAGGAAAUCUUCUGAAGAAGCGUGUGAAUAUUCAGUUGUACGAGGCAAGUCCAACGCCCAGCUGGAAGCGCGGAGGAAACAGCAAGAGAAAUGCCAGGAACUGAAAGAGCAGAUACGUUCGUUGGAAGAAGCAGGCUAUCACGUGACGAACACGUGCGAGGAGCUAAGAGAACCGAUUCGAGAGCAAUUGAAGCAGAUUAAAAAUGAAUGGCAGAAGAUCAACACGGAAACUGCAAUUAGGCAAGAACAACUGGAGUCUUGGAUCAGUGAAGUCGGAGACAUUCAUGGUGAUGUGGACGCUUGUGUAGCUCGUGUGAAGACGUUACAUGACUCUCUUCGAAGCUAUAAAUCAGAGGGAACUGAUAUACAAACUGCAAACGAAAUUCUCGGCCAGCUUAAACAAACGGCAUCAGAGCUUGAGUCAGAGAAGAGUAAUGUUGAUGGUCUUGUAGAGAAAGGAGAAAUGCUUCUCACAAAGCUUGACGCAAGUGAAAAGGCAGAAUUGGAAGAAUUGUUCCUAGCGUUACAGACGGCAUUUAACGAAGCGGAAAGGGAUUCUAAGGAGAGAGUUCGUCAAGCAGAAGAACGUAUCAACGACAUUAUUGAAUUUGACAAAGAAUCCGCACGCUGCGAAAGCUUGCUCACAAUUUAUCAAGCGGCAGUUCCAGUUGAUGUGUCUUGCACAGUGGAAACCCUGGAUGAUCAAAUGGGAAAGCUUAAAAGGCUCUACGGAGAUAUGGAAUCACGUGAAACACACAUGGCUACGUUGCAUGAGAAAGAGGCUAAGCUGUCAUCUGAUGACGCGACGCAAAGCGUGCGUACUACCCCAGAUGGAAAAGCCGGGCAGCUGCAAGGAGACUGGGGAAAGCUCAAGGCUUCGGUAGGAGAGAAGGUGCGUGAGCUUGAACGGUUAGCACAGACCAAGAAAGACUUUGAAGACGACUAUGAGACAUGUCAGGCAGGCGUCCAAGAACUUGAAACGGCAAUUCUUGCACGGGAAAGUGAUCGAGGACCUGUAGAGAUGCGAGUGGAACGAAUGCAGGAGCUGUGUUCUAGAAUCAAGUCGUAUCGCAACAAGCUUGAUCUGCUUACAGAUCGAUGCGAUGAACUUCCAAACGUUGCCUACGAGCAAAAAGAUCUUGAUCCCAAACAAAAGCUGAAUUCUGUUGUGAAGAGAUGGGAAGAAGUGAAAGAUGAGGCCCUGGGUAAACUAAAUGAACUUGAGAAAGAGAAGUCGGAGGUACAAACUCUUGCGCAAGGUGUUGAAAACUUACAGCACUGGAUACAAGACGUGCCUGGUCCUUUCAUUGAAAAACAUAUACCACCAGUAAUUCAGAAAGCUGACUUGGAAAAAGCUCUAAUUGCUAACACGGAAUUUCGUUCCAUUGUCGAGACGAAGGGCAAUUUGUUGCAAGAAAUAUUACUUAAAUCUGGUAACAUCAAGGGCGACGGACCAAAUAAAGAUAGGAUUCUGAGCGAUCUUCAAGAUGUAUCAAGGACUUUGGAAGAUACUAAAGGAAAAUUGGCAAGUAGGGAUGGCGAGAUAAGAGGCCGCAUGAAACAACAUGCCAAACUUGCAGCGGACCUUGAUCGCAUUAGAGACUUGUUACAUGAAGUCAAAGGCCUGGGCUCUGAGCCUGUGGAGUUUGAAGGUGAAAACUGGAUUGAAGACGCCAUUACCUCGAAGAGAGUUGCACUGGCGAGGCUAGAUUCCUGUGAGCUUCUUCUAACUUCCAUAGCUGAAAAAAUUGUUAAAGGGGGAGCUGACCGAAGGGAUGUCGGCGACACCGAGAUUGAAAGUGAUUUCCGUUUGUUGUCCGAGGACGUGCAUGCAGCGCAACAAAAUCUAUCCAAGGAAGUACUGCAACUGGAAAAGUUGCGUGAUUUUGAGAGCGACUACGUAGAGUUACUGACGUUGUACGACAAUCUUUCGACCAAAAUUUGUGCAGUUGAUUGUAACGCCAUCGCCGAAAAAGGUGACGUUACACACACUGAAGAGGAACUUGCAGUAUGUCACGCAGUUGAUCAAGAACUCUCUGAAAGGGAAGGAGAUUACGAAGCGCUGAUAGAAAAGGAGAAGGAGACGUUAUAUUUUUCUCCGCUCGACAAGAGAGAAGAGUUGGUAACACGAUCUCAUCAACUGAAACAAACGAGAACUACUUUACAAGAGUUGAUACAUGAGCGUAUCGACUGUCUACGAGAUCUCGUAGCGGAGCAACAGACCUUGGAAGGUUGGCUGAAAACGGCGGGAAUUUUAAUCAAGGAUGGUACAUCACUAUUGGAUAAGAGCGAUGACGGCUUCACGCUCGACGAUGCCCGGAUGUCUGAGAAGUCCCAGGCUCUCGCCGCCUUCAUUGCCAAGUUCAGCGAGUACGAAGUGUACAGUGAAACGUUUCAGGGUAGCGCUAAAGCGCCUGAAGUUGCGAGGGUGAAAACGGAGAUUUCAGAACUGAGGAAGCAGUUGAUGGACGUUGAGAAUGAGUUACAGCAGUUUAAGGACUACUGCGACAUGUUCGAAAGCGAGGCUGUGAAGGCCGCGGCGAUAUUUGAACGAUGUACCGCGGACCACCAAGUACCGGCUUCACUGAAAGAGGCUCAAGAGGAGUUGGCCAACGUGAAGGAUUUAAUAAAAGAAGUCGACGGUAGAGAAAAUACCCUGAGCACGCGAGGUGAACUAGUCAGCGGCAAACUGAAUGAACUCGAACGCGAGGAGUUUGAAGAGCGGCUUCGAAAGCUGAGAGAAGAAUGGCAAACAGCGAAAGAACAGUUGAACGUACAGCGGGAACUCUUGGAAGAUGGCAUAUCAAGCUGCCAGAAACAUCUUGAGAUCGUGGAGCAAGCGACGUCGAAAGCGAAGGAGAUUGAUCAACUGUUGAGCGAGAUAACAGCCGCGAAGGAGGAAAACAUGGAGACGGUUGAGACGAAGACUCAGGAUUUAAGAGAGAAAUUAGAGAUCUUCGAAUCUCUCAUGGCAAGUAUGACGGACCUCGCCGCUACCGUGCCUUGGAAAGAAACUACCGAAGUCUCCACCGAGGCCAGCCUGGAAACCAUCCGAAACGACGCCAGACGAAAACAGCAGGAAUUGCACGAGACUAUAUCGUUUCACAAACAGUACAGAGAGGCUGUUGGAAAAGCAAGUGAUUGUCUACGCGAAAUUGAACAGAAAUUGGCCGAAAAGGAAUCGCAAGAUAACGGACUGCAAAACAGAUCCUUUUUCGAGGAGUUCCAACAGAAACUAGAUGACGUUGCUCCUCUUCUCCAAACCGCCAGUGAGAAAGGGAAGCUAUUGGCUAUGAUGGAGCCUCACGCAGUUCGAGGAAAGAACGAAGUGCAGUCCAAGCUCGAUGAAUUAAGCGGCAAAUGGGACGAGCUGCAGACGAAGCUUAGCGAGAAAAUAGCCGAGUCGGAGGAGAAGUGCGAAGCAGUUACUGCUCUGAAUAACGAGGUCGAGACUGUAUCCAGACGGUUGGACGAGCUGGCGGCCUCCACUGAAGAUUUGACUACGGCUACUUACGAUACUGCUAACGUCCUGGAACACAGAGAAAACUAUGAGUCUAUCAGCAAAGAAGUUUCCGACCUCCAAGGAUCCGUUGAGGACCUCAGCAGUAGAUGUCAAGAGCUAAUGAGCUCCGUCUCGUCCAGAGAAAGCGAGGAACUCGGUGAGCAACUAGUCACACUCAAAGCCAAGUGUGAAAACCUUGAAGGUCAUGUGGCAGAGAAGGAAGAGGAGUUCGAGGAGACACUGUGGAGAUGGCAGGAAUUUCAGAGUGACAUGGAUGCUUGUUUCCGUAAUUUGGCCAUGAUCGAAAAGUCUUUGGAUUUUCAGUCUCUAGAUGAUGGAGAAUUAGAAGAUCGCCGAGAGACACAUCAGAUGUUGUCAGACAACCUGGACAUCCAAGAGUCGAUCAUUCGCGACGUCAAAGACAGAGCCAGUGAUGUCCUAAGAGUGUUUCCUCCAGCAGACGUUGACAAAGCCAAGGUCAAAUUGAUUUCGCUCGAUCAGCGGUUUCUCCUCGUCAAAGAACGUCUUCAGAGGAGACAGGAGGAGAUGUUGAAAUCGUCCGUGGACUGGCACGAGUUUGAAUGCGGGCUCAAGAGCUGUUUGGAAUGGGUACUGAGAGCAGAGGAGCGCUUGGCACGUGAAUUAGUAGAUUUGCGUGAAAACGAGACUGACAUUGGACGGCUGAAGGCUUUCAGCGAUGAAUUGGACGUUCGACAGGGAGACUUCGAGAGCGUUCGCAGCCAAGGAGACCGAUUGGUUUGCCAACUAAGCGAUCAGACCGAACGAGAGGUUCUUCAAAAGCAGAUGGAUGACAUAUCUGACCGGCUGGAUCGGAUACAAAGUCUGGUGAAUGAGCGAGGGCAGCGCAUCGGCGAGAGGACACACUACGGCAUUGUAGAAUUCGAAAUCGCGCUGAAAGAUUGUUACGAGAAGAUAGAGCAGUUCAAAACCAAUCUGCGAGGAGUCAACAAUUUGGAAUCGAUCGAAGGAGGACAGGAACGUUUGCACGAUCUUCAUUCAGAGCUAGAAUUCAUUAAGAGUCAUGCAAGGAACAUCCAGGAACAGAGCCAAACACUACUACCAGAAAUUCCUGACGUGGAAAAAGACGCAAUUAAAGAGAAGCUGGAACGAUUACAACAAGACAUCGCUACACUCGAAGAAGGGACACCUCUUACAUCGCGCCAUGUUAACAGUGAAACCCUAGGUAGAGAGGCAGCGUCUGCUUUCGUGGAAGUUGUCGUACCCAAGCCUGCUGACCAAGAUGUAGCAGAAAAUGGCGAUUCUGAUUUAGGAGAUUCCGAAAGUGGUGUCUCUUCCAUGGAAUCUUUUGAAGGGAUUUUACGCAAGGAGAACGAGCACGCCCCAGGCGAAAACGGCGUGCAAGUAAACGGCGUCUCUGACGACCAUUUUGUAAACGACGAAUCGGACGAAAAUGCUCACCUAAAUGGGGGACUAUCUGUUUCACCCGACGAGUAUCACCGAAUUCGUUUGACUCAUAGCGCAGAUGCAAACCAAGAUACAAACUCCUCACGUGAUCUUGACGAUGAUUCACGUGCUACAUCACGUACAACUGACGAUAAAUCAGGUGAUGUCAGUGUCCCUGUUUUGAUUGUAACUGACGAGGAUGGAACUCGUGCAGAAGUGGAAUUCGCCGAAAACGGGGAAGAUGGCAGUCAGGAUAAUGAAGGAUUUACUGAGCAAGCUGGUGAGUUCUUCUUUGACGAUUUCGAUGUUUAUUACGGUGAGAGCACUCCUAAAACUGCUAUUGAUCCAGACAAGACGUCCACUCGCGAGGACACGAGCACUUCAGAGAACGACAUCAAUGUACCGAAAAGUGAUAGUGUUACCACCAAGGAAAGUUCUUCGGGGGUUUCGAACGCGAGUGAUACUGUCGAUCAUUUAACAAACGGUGAUGUUUCAGAAGAUGAGUCGAAUGAUUUAGUAUUAAAAGACGAGAGUGGAUCGCUCGAAAGAAGUAUCGUUACAGAAGUCACGCUUCCAUCUCAUAAAAGCGUGACAGAUAAUGCGUUACCAGACAAUUUUGACAUUUCUGCUGAUUCUGAACUUGGAGACGAUAUCCUGCGUCACAGCACACCCGCUGAAGUUAUUGAAUCCACUCCGACAGAGGGAAAUACGACACCUGACCUCCAAGGCAAUAAGAGUGAUUCCGUGGAAGUGUUAACCAAUGGUCCCGAAACUCAAGUACCUCCUCAGUUUGACGAAGUUAAAACGACAGAUAGCAAUUUUGAUUCGUCUCAUGGUUUAGACAAUGUAGCAAAGAAAUCUCCUAGUCCGACCAGUCAAACCGGUGUUAAAGCAGGUUUGACAAGCUCGGCGCCUAACGAAGAGAUGGACAAACUCGACAGGCUCUUGAAUAUCGGAGAACAAUCUUUAGAGAAUAACUCAAGAGACGUUGAAGCGGAGAAGCCACAUGACAGAAUCGCGUCCAUUUUAUCAGAGCGUCGCAAAGCAGAGGAGGCUGAAAGGCUCCGUUUUGCUGAAAGCUCAGUCAGAGACACUGAUUAUGAGCUAUUCACCUCCCGGCCGUUAGACCUUGUUGAUAGGAGCUCCCCAUUAAAGGAUCUAGACGAGUCUGAAAGCCUGCUACACGAGAACAUGUCUUUGGACGCAUUCCUCGUAGAAGUUGAAAAAUUGUUGGACAAGUUGCGUUCGAUUGAGGAAUUGAUCACAACAGACAUGGAAGAUGAGGAUAAUGUCAAAGAUGAGUUGGCUAAACACGUGGCCCUGUGUGUUCUGAUGUCGAAACAACAGGAUCGUGUGGAUCAAAUGAACCUGUUGUCCCCAACUUUCCUGCACGGAAGUGCCAGUUUAAACAUCAUUCUCGAGGAACGGCUGCGAGAGGUGAACGCUCUUUGGAAAGAGGUCCAAACGCGAGCUUCGUCUAAACAAGAAGUCCUUGAGCGCUGCGUUCAGGAACAAACACAAAACCUGGAAAGCACUCGACAGCAAGAGGUCAUGGCGUUCACCGAGAAUUUCUCUUUUUUGAGAUCGCUCUACCUUACCGUGGACUGCUGCGAUGAUGUUUGUAAAAGAAGGAAGAGUGAUGUGGUCGAUGGAGAUGAGGAGGAGGAGUUUUACGACGAGAAGUUAAAAAAUCAGAUCGAGCUUCACGAAUUGUUUGAGGGAUUAGCGUCAGUUGAGGAAAGCGCAGUGUCGGAAGUGGUGGUGGACAGUGAUUUGACGAGGUACCAGGAGCAAUUGACGCGAUUACAGGACCUCGCUACGAGUCUAACGAAAUUCAAGAACAAGUUAGAUGCUGUUUCGCGUCGAUUGUCGUCCACUUCAGCAGAAGACGAAAAUGUUCGUCAACAGGUCUCCGAUCUUAAGAGUCUGAUGAAAGGCAUCAUCAAACUAGUCCUGGCGAAACAGCAGGAAUUGCGUGCGGCAGUUGAGAAGAUGGUCAAGAUUGAAACAGCGCUGUUAAAUCGAAGAGACUUCGAAGGCAAGUUACAAGAGUGGUCACAGUUGGUGAACGAUGUAGAACAGUUUGUUAAACAUUUGGGACCAUUCAAUGAGGAUGACAAAGAUUUGGAGUUACUUUACUACGAGUUCUUACAAAGUCAUUCCGUUAUCCAAGAAUGCCUUCAUGACUUCUUAAACAAAGAGUCGUCUAGGGGCGCCAGUCCUCACAAGAAGGCGCGUCUCGCUGACCUGAACAAACGCUGGGGCCGCAUUCGAACGAUCUUGCAGAGUCGAGAGCGGAAACUGAAAGCUCUAGGCGUCUUAGCGUCCGAGGUGAAGACUCCUCCAAGACAACCAGUGGUUGAAUCUAUUGUCCCCGAGAAAGAGAAACCGGUCUUGGCUUCAACUUCCAGAGAGGUGAAGAAACCGGAGGUUAAAGAUACCCGGGUGACUUCCCCAAGGAGCAAAUCCACGUCCCCCGCGCGGGAGUUAAAGACCCCCCCGAGCGGGGAAAAGAAAUCCCCCAGGACAAAAAAGAAGCAGUACGAGGAGGAAUUACGUGAAUUCUCCGAAUGGCUGACUAGUCAGGAGAAAGCGUUUCACGAACUGAUUGGUGAUGAGAGUUUGCCGCCCACCAUGGAAGCUUUGAAGGAAAGACUUAAACAUUUCCAGGGAUUUUGCCGUAGUAUUCACAGCCACAAAUCCAGAGUUGAAAUGAUGCGGCAGUACGCAGUACAGGGCGGAGAACGCCUUGAUGCCGAUGUCGUCGGUCCGAAGUACGAAGAUGUUUCGAAGAUUGCCGACAGUAUGUACGAAGCGUGCGAAGAGAGUGCCGAAUGGCUUCAGACGGUGUUGAUCCAGUGGCAAUCGUUCGAUGAAUCUUCGAGAAAGUUCAUCUUGUGGAUGAAUAACUUAGAGCAAAAAUCGUUCGUCCUUGCCAGGAAAAUGCCAGAAGAUCACAUCGAUGCAGUGUUAAUGAAAAUGAUGAAGUACCGUGAGUUGGAUCGUAAAUUCACCGAGCGACAGCCGAGCAAAGAUGGCUUAGUCUAUGAAGCCGAGCAGGUUUUGACUGCUACAGGAAAUGCCGAUGUCCAGGCCGCUCUCGGUCAGUUUCGUGAGAAAUGGCGUGGUCUUCGUCAAGAGACCCGAGGCGAGCGGCAGCGCCUUGAACGGCUACUGCAGUUAUGGCGGGAAUAUCAAACUGGGAUGGACGAGUUGGUCGACUGGCUUAUGUCCAUUCUUAGUCUGAUGAGGAACGAGGAGAUCUGCGAUGACAGUUUGGAUAUGGUCGAAGGACAACUGGAACAUCUCAGACAUUAUCAAACUGAAGUGGAGCGUCACCAGGCGAUAAAAGAGAACUUGGACCGCAUCGCGGCACAGUUGGAAGAAUCGACACACGGAAACGCGGAAGAUUUGAUUGAAAGCCAGGCGAGGUUAGAUGACAACUGGAGUGAGCUCUGCGCCUUACUUGAGGACCGUGAACACGAGCUCCUGGGAGCACAAACCGAUCUGUUGCUUGUAAGGUGCAUUGACGAUAUGGAGCAGCUGGAGGAGUGGUUUAAUGGCGCCAGGGACACUAUGGAGAGACCCAUUUUGGUUCUUAGUAGUGCCUCGCUUGAGGAUGCUAAGGAACAGUUGGGAAAAUAUAGGACCAUCAAGAAAGAUCUCCGUAGCAAGGAAGAACGUCUCGAGGCUCUAAACAAACGAGUCAACCAGUCGCUUAACGAACGGAGAAACGCUUCCGUGCGAAGCGUUACGGAGGGGGUGCGACGUCUCAACGCGCAGAAGACACAGCUCAUCACUCUGUUAUCAGAGAAAGAAGAGCAAUUAAAGUACGCGUUGAACCGAUGGGUAGACUUCCAGAAGACAUACACAGAAAUAAAAAAUAUCAAUGACUGGUUUGAACAAAGAGAGGAGACACUGAGUAGAUACCAGAGGAUUGUGACACAGCGAGAGUUUGAGAUCGCUUUGGAAGAUGUGAAGGCAAUGAAAGGUUUCCUAGUAACACAACAAGAAGCUGUAGAAAACGUUGUAGUGGCGGCUCGUCGACUGCGUGGCGAUGCCGCUUUUGACCAGCAAGAGGUACAAGAAACUAUCGAAACUGUAGAAGAGAGAUGGUCUGAACUAGUCACAAAAGUAGAUGAAUAUGAAGCGUGGCUCGAGAGCUCCGUGCAGGCGUGCAAGCAGUACGACGCCUCAAUUGGUUACAUCAAGAACGUCCUCAAUGACACAGAGGAGAGACUGGGGACAAGUGUUGCUGGAAACAUACAAGAACUUAAGACCCAAGUCGAGCAGCUACGGUCUCUCCGCGAGGACAUGAACGAGAUUAGCGGAAGAAUGGACGAAGUGACCGAACUAGCAACAGACUGGGCUCAAAACAGUGACCCGUCGUCCUCAACACGCCUGACCAAUGAAAUCACGUCGCUUUCAGAGCGGUUCGGCUCGGUCUCCACUCGGCUAAUCAAGAAGGAGAAGGAACUUGAGGACAUUUUAGUGAAGUGGCAGAGGUUUGAGAGUUCGUGUUCGGAUAUGCAAGCGUGGAUUGAGAGUCAGACAGCUGUGCUGAACGAGACUGUCACAGUGGAUGUACCGCUCACACUACAGCUUCAACAGCUGUCCACCUGUCAACAAAUGCAGCAAGAUGUCGAACUUCACCGUGAUUGGCUGACGUCUAUCAACGUCACAGCCGACUCACUCAGAGAUAAGAUUCACUCUGGAGCGACUCACAUCACCCCCCUAAGGAAUGAUGUCAAUCAAUCUUUCGCCUCGCUUGAAGAACAACUCCAAACAAAACGCGAACGGAUUACUUCCGCUACGCAAGGCUUUACGCAACUACAGGAGUCGAUUGACCGCCUCGUUACGUGGCUUGAUGACGCCGAAGUAAGAGCCACUGGCGGUGGAGAUUUAGAAAACUCAGAAAAACUGGAACUCCUGCAGGAACUUUUGCAAGAUCUUGACGACUCGCAUGACAGACUAGAAUCCUUGAAUAGCAGCGUGGACGAUAAACUAAGCGCCGCGUCCCAGAAGGAAUUCCAAGAAAUGAAAGAACAGGUCACACAGCUCGAAGAACGCUGGGCACAGUUCAGAAAGAAACUCUCCGCGUCUAUCGAGGACAACAAACGAGCGAUCAGAAGGCAGAAGGAAUUUGAUCAAGAACAUCAGAAGAUUUGCGCUGUCCUGCAAACGGUCCUGCGAGGAACUGAUAACACGAGUCUUGACCAGACAGACGUGGUUGUCAAUCUCGAGCGUGUAGAGGAUUUCCAGACGAACUACGAAAGUUACCGACAAGAUUUCGACUCUCUUCUCCGUCAGUCGGAAGAUCUCGAUCAGGAUGCAAGCACGGCCAGCAGGUACAAGUCACGCCUUGAUGACAACAUGUCACGCGUACGACAUCUCUGGAGCUCCGUGCUGAAGCGAGCAGAUGAUUACAAAGAGCAGGUUGGACGACAGAUAGAGAGGUUCAAAGAGUUCCAAGGACUGAGCACAGAGCUAAUGAAGUGGAUGGACGGAAUCGAGACUCACAGUGGAUUUACGGUUCCUUCUUCAGCCAGUAUUCAACAAAUGAAAGUUCACUUUGAACACGUGAAGAUGUGUCAGAAAGAUAUCAACACCCAUAGACAAGGGUACAACGCCUUCUGUUCUACUGGUCAGCGGAUCAUCGAAGAUUGUACGGGAAGUCUAAGUAGCCAGGCCGCCAUGGAACUCGACAGGGUGUCGAGGCGGUGGAUAAUGAUCACAAACCGUGUGACAAGCAACCAACAACAGCUUGAGCUGUCAUUGAAAGAUUGGCAGGAGUACACGUCACUCACCGAGAAUCUGAUGGUGUGGCUGAGAGAGAAAGAGAAACUACUCCGAGCUCAGUCCAAGGCCGUCACGGUCCGUGAGGUUGAGCGUGAACUGGACGCCAUGAAGGCCAGUGCAAAAGAGAUUGACGACCGCAAACCCCAGCUGGAUAAAAUCACCAGGAGAGCUGACGAACUUUCAAAAUCAGCCGAUCAAUACGACUCCGAACGCAUCAAGAAACAGGUAUCUUCAAUGAGCACACUGUGGAGCAAUGUUUGUCGUCUCCUCUCAACUUCCAUGCAGUCGUUGGCGGAUAUUGUGAGACAUUUUGAGCAAUUCAGUCGAUUACACGAGACACUCUCCCAUUGGCUGGUGACCAUAGAAUCGUCGGUAUCACGUGAACUUGAGGAGUCGUUUCUUAGUAUCCCGGAUGAUCAAGGAGAUACAGUAUUUCAGGUUUACGUCGCUGACAUUGAAGGUCACGAGGGCACAAGGUCAACCAUGAACGAAUGCGCCUAUUACGUCAUCAGUAAGGCGGGCGGUACACCAUAUGCAGGCGCGGUUGCUGAGAAACAGAAGCAUUUGAAUGACCGCUGGCGCGCUUUGUGUCAGCAGUUGGGUAUUACGUACAAGAAAGCGGAAGAGACUAGGUACGGGUUGAAGUUGUUGGAGAUUCAACUGAAACAGCUCAACACUUGGAUGACUGAAGUGGAGAGUCGAUUGAUGGGAUUCACGGUGACUGGCUCAUGUGUUCUUACGGAAAUUCAGAAAAAAGCCAAAGAAAUGAAGAAUACUGAGACAGAUGUUGAAAGCCAUGCCACUGACGUCCAAACCGUUCUUCGACUUUGCGAGAAACUUCGCCGGGAUCGUAUGGCGUGUCCCUCAGAAGACGACCGUCAAAGCCUGCAGAGGACUAAGGAGAGUUUUGAAAACCGCUGGACAAAUGUCCGGCGCACUGUAUCGACGAAGAGGAGACAAGCGGAGGAGAGGUUGCUUCUGUGCAAAGAGUUUUGGAACGAGUACGAGAAGUUUGCGGAGUGGAUUCAUGAGACGGAAAACGCCGUGAAGAAAUCUGAAGAAGGAAUGACGUCUGGAUUAGAGAUCUCUAAGAGUAGAUUAAAGCGGUUUGAGGUAUUCCUCAAAGAUAUCAACUCCCAUCGCCCGCAGAUGGAACGUAUUGUAAAACGAAGUAAAUACCUACUUCUCGAAGCCAAUGCAAGUAGCGCGUCCGAUAUGAGACUUGGCGUGGAGUCCGCACAGGCUCGCUGGGAGAAGCUUUGUAGCCGCGUUGAAAGCCUGGUCAACCGACACAGCAAGCUGACAGACAGAGCGGAGAAAUUCGAGGGUCUCCGUCAAGAGGUCUACAGCUUUCUUACAGAGACGGAACUCAAGUUGAUUGCACUCGAUCCUUACACGUCCGAGGAGGAGCCGCGCGUUCAGCUAGAAAAACUUAAGGGUCUGCAGAGACUAAUCAACAUGAACUAUUCCAAGCUGAAAUCUUUGCUCCAAGAAGGAAAAUCUAUGCGAGAGUAUUGUUCCCCAACAGAGUUUCAGUCUGUGCAGCAGACGAUGGACGAGCUCAACUCCAGAUGGCAACAGGCCCUUCACUGUUGCAUGACGUGGAUCCUGGAUCUAGCGAUUCCCAGUCCUCGCACCAGUCCCUCCUCCUCCGCCUCCGCGUCCGCCGCAGCUGGUGCUAAUUCUUCUCUGAGUUGACGAAUUCCACCGUCGUAGGUUCAUAAACACCGAUCAAAGUAUUGUGUAUACAAGUGACCUCUUUGUAAAGAGUAUUUAUGAGUAAUAUAUUUUACCACUUAGGACCUUAUACAUAAGGAAGAAUAGUUGUUGUUACUUUCUAAUUUGUAAAAUCAGAUACGCGGAAGUUGUACGUGUACACAUAUACCUUGUCACAAAAAGCGUUUACGGUCACGCACGCGUGUCACGCAUUGUAGUGGUAAUCUUACACGACUUGUACUUUCUGUCCUUCAUUGUACGCGUGACAUUCUCGACAAGUUUGGAAGUAAAAGUAUUAUUUGUAAAAAUCGUUGUAUUAUCGUACGUCAAAAACGAAUAAAUUACAAGAAAGCAUAAGUUGUAAGAAAAAUGUAGAGACCUAGUAGUUUGUAGCAAAGAAGCUGUUGUAAAAAAAAGUCGAUUCACUGCUUACCCAGGUUUAAUUUCAGCUUAAACUGAAAUGCGAUUGGGAGCUUUAUAGCUCUAUAGUUGUAAUAGUUAUCAAGUCCUAUUAGGAACUAAGUUGUACAGUAGAAAAAGAAACAACCUUUCGCAAUCGCCUUUAUAUUUCUGAGACGUACAUAUUACCAUACUUUUCCCUUUUAUGUUAAUCGUUUCCUAUUUAAUAUUUAUUCUUCCCUUCAGUCUAAAAAUACUCUUGGACAACACAUAUAUACUGAUGUAACUCCCUAAAGAGAACCUAUUUCGACUGUAAAUAUUAUAGACCCUAACAGUAAGAGUUUUUUUCUUGCACAAGGUAAAUAAGAUUAAAUAUUUUUAAAGGACUGUAUACCCUUUAUUUCUACUUUCCCACAAAAAUGUAAGUUAAUUGUCAAAGGAAUGCAAGCUAUUUUUAUACAAUCGUUAGAAAAUUGUUGACUCAAAAUAAAUACAUUUAUAUCGAAGGGUCUGUUUGUUCAUUAAACAGGCGCAAAAAACAA